AUGUAUAAAAAUCAGCCAAAUUGUAUCGAAUACCAUUACACAUAUCUACAACACAUACCUAUAAGAGAUUCUUAUAAUUUAUAUUUAUAUGUUUUAUUUUUUAAAAUGGGAGGGGUAAUAUCUAGAAUAGUAUCAAAUAAUGAAGAGUCAAGUUUGGCUUUAUCAGGAAAACCAACAUUAAAUUUUAAAAAAAAUGAGGGUUUCAGAAUUAAAAAUAAGUUAAGAAUGGCAAAAAAUCGAAUUCAAAAUUUUGUCAAAAAAGGAAUGAAAACAACAUCUUGGGUUGUUUGGGUAGCAGGCGUUUCAGUUGUGGUUUUAAUUACCCCAAUUGCUUUUCAGUAUGAAAAAGAAUGUCAGCUUUUUGAAAUGCAAGCUCAGUUUUUUCAAGCCCAGCAAGCAGCAAAUGUGCCUCAGUUAAAUUGA